UGGGCUGUUGAUGGCCAUCAUUUGCAACAAAGGUGACUGAUCCUUCUCUUCAAAUUUGAUACUUUCUUCAACUUUCAACUACCCUACAGCUACUACUACUACUAGUAGUAAGAGCAACAAGAGAGAGAGAGAGAGAGAGAGAGAGAGAGAGUGCUUUAGUUGCUAGCUAACUCAUCUCUCUUUUCUGCAUACUUUUCUUGCUUAUCAGAUCUUGUUGUACACCAUAAAUUUGAUCAAAUCUUGAGUUUAUAUACCUCAGCAUAAGCUCAAGAUUCAAGAAACUGGAAUCCCACUUGUGUUUUGAGCUCGAUUGUGUCGUUUUUCGGCUGGUGCCUCAGCCAUUUGUGCUGUUCCAUUAGCAUUUCUUGUUGCUUCAUGUUAUGAACUCACAAUUUUAGCUUCUGUUUUGGUUUUUCAGAGAAGGAAAAGAAAAAAUCAAUCUUCAGAGUUUGAGCUCUUUCUGAUCUGUUUCUUUGUUACUUUUUCUUGGUUGGUAGUCUGUUGUUCAACUUAGUUAUGGAGAAAGAUCAUGAUCAGAAGCAUGCCUGUAAGUUCUGCAACAAAAUUUUCCCCUGUGGUAGAUCUCUUGGAGGCCACAUGAGGUCUCAUUUGAUCAAUGUUUCAUCAUCUGAUCAUCGAAGAAUCGAUGGAAAGCUUCCCAAGAAGAAGCUCCCUCCUCUUGUUAAUGGAAAAAGCAGUGGUGAAACUGAUUUUUCUGUGAAAAUUGGUGGGAAAUUUUGUUAUGGCCUGAGGGAGGAUCCAAUUAAGAAGACAAACAAGUCCUCAAAGUCAAGUGAGGAAGAUACUUUGCUUCAAGGGAAAACCUGCAAGGAAUGUGGCAAAAGUUUCCAUUCUUGGAAGGCCUUGUUUGGCCACAUGAAAUGCCACUCUGUAAACGCAAGGAGUUCGGAGGAAGAUUCUUGGAACGGUUCCAAUGAUCAAAGGAAACCGGUCGUGGAUAGCCAAUCGGAUAAUGAAGCAGCAACUCCGUUCUACCGGAGGAAAAGAUCAGAUAGAAUUAAAAGGUACACGAGUACUACAAACUCAUCUUCUUUAUCCAUUGCAAAUCAUUCAGCAAGUGUUUCUGAGAUUGAUCAGCAAGAACAAGAGGAGGUUGCUUUGAGUUUGAUCAUUCUCUCCAUGGACAAAGGGGAUUGGAGUCGCGUAACGAACUCUGUUCUUGAGUCUUCCAACAAUAGCGCCAAGGUUUUAGAAGCUGAAAAGGUCGCGAAAACUACUAAUAACAACUCAAAGAAACUGAGAAAUGGGCUGAAAACUACGGGAGAAGCAGAUGUUUCAGCUGAUGAAUUUUGUGUCGACAACAUACUUCAGAAGAAUAACGUCGAUGUCGGAUGUAAUGAAUCUGAAGUUAACUCGCCAAGGAAUUUGAUCAAGGAAAGUGGACUUAGUCAGUUUGAAAUAGAUUGCACGAAAACUAAGUCAAGAAAGAGGAAAUGUACUGAUAUACAUGAUUUUGACUCAGAACUCUGCCAAAAUUUUGAGAGAAAGAGCAGAUUCUCAUGCUCAAUUUGCAAAAAAGCCUUUGCGUCCUACCAAGCUCUAGGGGGCCACAGAGCCAGCCACAAGAAGUUCAACGGCUGCUGCGCUCCAAGGAGCGAAACAAGCAUGGAAACCGAGAGCUCACACAAUCAAAGUGAUAAUCACAGCAAGCUCAUCAAGAGUGAAAGUCCAAUUGGUAAUUUUGCAGACAUUGGAUCAAAGAAAAACAAAGAGCAUGAGUGUCCGAUUUGCUUCAAAGUUUUCCCGUCAGGCCAAGCAUUGGGCGGACACAAGAGAUCGCAUUUAACAGGGGAUCAGGUCAAAACAAGUCGGUGUAAUGCAAAUCAGCAGCCGAUCAGGGAAGUAAGAGAUUUUCUUGAUCUCAAC